AUGACGCAUAAUUAUUUGCUAUUAAACCAAAUCUUCAAAUCUUGUUUUCUUUAAAUAAUUCCUUAUAUUUCAAUGAAUUGCUUAAAUUACUUUGACCAAAGCCUAAUUCUUUAACAACAAUUGAUCCUUUAACAGAUGUUAAUUUAUAAUCAGAUGCUGAAAGCUUCAUUCAGUCAAGCCAUCCCUAAUACAAACAUCUCAAUUUAAAAAUAAGAAGAAUUAGAAUUAUCGAAUUCCUAAUUGCCCAAACAGGAUGACACAAAUCCGAUUCAACCGAAAGAAUAAAAAAAAAAAAUAAAAUCACAAAAAAAAUUCGAGAAAAAAGGGAUGCAAUAACCUAAAACGGAAAAUAAUUGUUCUUCAUAGCCACAUGAACUUCCAAAAAAGAAGAAAGUAUUUCUUUCAAUGUUGGAUAUUAAAGCAGCACAAUAUAAAAAAUUCAAAUCUCAAAAUAAUGAAGAUGAAUAAAUUCCUCCUACUUCAGUCAAUGUUUAAGUAUGACCAUAGUUUAUGAUUUUGUUAUUGUUUAUAUUUAUUUCACAAAUUUAUAUGCAUACAUUUAACUUGAUAAAA